AGAAUCUGAAGGACGAUGGUGCAGUGCAAGAUCUUGGGGCUCCUUGUAGUCGUCCUUUUUUCCACUUCCAGCUGCUUCGCCAAGUCCGACUGCAUAGUGAGCAAUUUCCAAGUGAAAGAAGACUUCAACAAGACCCGGUAUGCGGGGAAAUGGCAUGCUUUCGCAAAGAAGGAUCCAGUGGGCAUUUUUCUGGAGAGUAACAUUCACGCCGAGUUCAAGGCUGAAAACGAAACGAUGACCGCCAAAGCGACUGGAUUGGUCACCUUACUGCCCGAAUGGAUCGUGUGCGCCGAAAUGAUGGGAACGUUCAACAAUACCGAACACCCCGCCAAGUUCAAACUGAAGUACUGGGGAGCAGCCGAGCACCUCCAGCAAGGCAAUGAUGAUCAUUGGAUUAUUGACACGGAUUAUGAUAACUAUGCCAUCACAUAUACGUGUCGAAAGCUGAAUGAUAACGGAACUUGUGCAGACAGUUACUCAUUUGUAUUCUCGCGGGAUCCUAAAGGACUGACCUCUGAAGCACAGCGCAUUGUCCGAAAAUGGCAGGAUCAUCUCUGUCUGGCUUACAAAUACAGGCGUGUUGCUCAAACAGGUGCGUGCCCUUAGAUCCAGUGGAUUAUUGUAACUUUGGCAAAGGCUGUGACUGCAAACAUCAGUCUGCAGCACUGCACCAGGACCAGCUUUCGUCACCUUGUGAAUAUAUUUUUCUAAAACUCACAUUUUAAAUACAAGCGGAUUUCCAGUCAUGUAUUGCUCUUCCAAUAAAGUUAUGACAAACA